CCGGGACACGUCACCAAAUGCUUCCGCGACGUCAGGCAGCAACAGCAGCAAGCGGAACGCCAAACUUAGCCUUGAUUUUUUCGGAAACGCGAUGGAGACUUUGUACAGCAUCCCGUUCACUGUGCUCGAAUGUCCCAACGUGAAGCUGAAGAAGCCGUCUUGGCUGCACAUGCCGUCGGCCAUGAGCGUCUACGCGCUCGUCAUCCUUUCCUACUUUCUCAUCACCGGAGGUAUCAUCUAUGAUGUGAUUGUGGAGCCGCCGAGCGUGGGCUCGAUGACGGACGAGCACGGACACCAGCGACCGGUGGCGUUUCUGGCGUACAGGGUGAACGGCCAGUACAUCAUGGAGGGCUUGGCGUCCAGUUUCUUGUUCACCAUGGGAGGCCUGGGCUUCAUCAUCCUCGACCGCUCCAACGCGCCCAACAUCCCCAAGCUUAACCGCUUCCUGUUGCUCUUCAUCGGCUUCGUCAGCGUCAUCCUCAGCUUCUUCAUGGCCCGAGUUUUCAUGCGCAUGAAGUUGCCGGGAUAUCUCGUGGGAUGAAUUCAACUGUGGAUGAUCUAAUUCAUCUGGACUGAAAGCACUGACAUUGCUGCAGAAAUUAUUAAAAGUGAUAAACAACCAGCAUUGCAAAUGAAACAUGAAGUGGGAUUUUUUUGUAAUUAAAUUUUUUGUUACACAGUCCUGAAAUAAAGCUGUUUUCCGAA